UGCAGACACAUGCAACCAAAAUAUGGGCCAGUGGCUAUUUCUACUGGUAUGAAACAUGGUUAAUGCAUAUGACCAUUGCAAGUCUGUGCAUAGGGACCUAUAAAGAGCUGGAAAUUAAUAACUCUGCGACCGAGAUAAACAAAGGGGUUUCGGCCAAUAAGGAACGAGUUUAAUAGGAAAUGGCGUGUACCCACCAUUACUGUUCGUAGUGGCUCUUUCCUACCUAUGGAGUAUACACGCACGCAUUCACACGCAAAGGAUGACGCGAGACUCGUGCUGUAAAAACACCGAUAGGUUAUUUUAUAUAUCUAUGCUUUGUAAUACAAAUUAUAUUUCUGCUUUAGUUAAAGUAAUUUUAUCUGCUUUUCCAACAAAUACCCACUAUCCGACCUCGUGGCACUAGUUGGUAUCUGAAAAGCAAUGCAUAUUCAUCCGCUUUUAGAUGAAUGUCAACAGCACAACAGUACCCGGAUGGACUGUCAUGGCCGCCGUCGAUGUGGUUCUACAGAGUGCAGAGAAGGAGGCAAAUGACUUCGUUUUGUUUUUUCAUGCAAACCUUCCUUUUGUAAUAAUGCCGGACGCUGACGGGAUGCCGCACGAACUUUCAUCGAGUUCAUAGCACACUGGAAUCAUUACAAGCUCCUCUUCUUCAAAGAUGGCAUCUAUUAGUUGUUGAGGUUUUUCUAAAGGAGUAAAGGUCCUGCCAGGUGGGAACUAGAUGCCAUGUGUUUCUGUCAUCUAAGGCAUCUACUACUCCAGGACCCUCUGUAUCAUCUUUUGUGUUGAACCCCACCUGGUUGGGCAUUCUGUGAUGAGCCCACAGCUGUGCUCAAUAUAGGAAACACACUGGACCUGGAUACUGGUGGUGGUGAUUUGAAGAAGUGAAGGUUGGAGAUCUGGAAGGGAUGAGGAGUGGACAGAUGAGUUUAACCCCAGCUCUGGAGGAUUUACAACUAUGGAAGAAGACUUCACUGUACCACACAAUUCUACCAAAAACUGCCACUUAUCUGUAAUGGAGAAUGAAAAAGAAAAGGUAAAAGACUUUGUCCGUAAGCAUUUCAGAGAAGUAACAGAUGGGUCACUUUUCAAUAAUGCUGAAGACUCUUCCUGUAAGGUACAUGGAAGUUCCACUAAGAAAGAAAAACAAACUCUCAAUAAAGCCCACUGUAAAAUUCAGCAGGGGGCUGUUUUCUCAGGAAAGAUUCUGAGUUUUGGAUGUUCGGUGUGUAAAGACAAUUUCACAUUUAGCCCCAAUGAUCUCCUUAAGCAUUUCCGAGCAAUUCAUAAAGGAACCCUUCCAACAUACCCUUGUGAUUUAUGUGAUUUUGUCACAAAUGAGUUCCCUGCUCUUCAGCGUCAUCGGAUUGAGCACAGGAAUACUCUGGUUACAUGUGAACUUUGCAAUGACGAUGUUCAGUACUCCCUGCUUUUGCUGACUAGACACUACAUCAUGUGUCACAGUCUGAAUGGACAGUUUAACUGUGACUGGUGUGAGUUUACAACUUUGGAUGCAGGGACAUUUGUUCAACAUAUUCAUCAUCAUAAUGAAAACCAUUGGAAGUGUUCAAAAUGCAGUCAUAUUAGCUUGACAGAGGAUGAUCACCAGCUGCAUAUUAAAGCUCACACUGGUACAUUCCCUUUUACAUGUCCUAUCUGUGGAUAUGGUGCAGCCAAAAGUGAGUACCUUAUAAAACACACAACAGCUGUUCACAAAGAUGAAGCUCUGAGAAGGAAACCGUGGAGGCCUGUAGAAGACACUGGUACACCAGCAAGUUUAAAACUGUUGUUAAAAAGAAGUGGUGAUUCACAGGAGCCCCAGAAAUUGAAUUGUCUUUCUGGCAGUUUCCCAAACCAGAAUGGCAGACUAAUCACACCAGAGAUAUGCUUAGAGGAGACCCUCAACUUUAUGGAUGGGACUGGACCAAAAAACGACAAAAGCUGGAGCAGAGUUUCUUGCAACACAGAAAAGUCUACAGCGGUCAUGUUACAGGAAUGUGACAACUCUGUAAGUUCCGAUGCUGGAACACACAGCAAUGCUAAUGGACUCACUGUUCUGAUGGUUAAGAACAAAAUCUCUCUUCCACCCCACUGUACAACCAAAGUUAUGGGAUUCAAGGUGGUUGAUGGAAAAAAACAUUUAGUCCUAAAAGUAAUACCAACAGAAAAAGAAGAACUGUCCCCACAGAAUAAUGUUUUAGUUGACGAUGGGAGCUCCUCAACACCGAAUCCUGUGUUGAAUAAAAGUAAAGAAUCUACUGAUAAAGAGCAGUGCUGUGAUAGCAAGAACUCAACAUCAUGUCACUUAAUUGUUUCCCCGAGAAGUGGACCGUCCAUACCUAUGGAUGAAGAUGACAUUGUGGCAGUAAAGGUAAAGACUGAGGAGGAGGAGACCUCUGUUUGCAGACUUAAUUCCACUCCACAUAGAGGCAGUGUUGGUGAACAGACAAAUCCUUUAUUGAAUAAUUCUUCCACUUGUGCAAAUACUUUAUAUUCCAUGGCCAAUCAUUUUGACCUACAUCAUCAAAAUGAAAUGUCCUACUCCGAGGAAAUUAAUUUUAAUAACUCAGUCACUGCAACUUCUAACUUAAAAUCAGUAGGUCAUAGUGGUUCCAAAAGCAGUAAUUCUGUUUUUUCCUCACCAUCAAAUGUUACUAAGGAAACGUUACCAUCUAAACCAGCCUUCAUGGAAACUGUUAAAAAUCAUGGAGUUACAGAUGAGUUAUCAGACGAGAAACACACUGAUAAACAUGGAGAGAUCUCUGCUUUUAACACUACAGAAAAUGAGGACCCAUCCUCUCAGCUUGCCCAAGAACUAAGUGAUAGGAUAAGUACGGGGGUUAAAAGUAAGCAAGGACAGGAAUAUGUAAAACAUGUGGUAUAUCCAUCACAGCCAUCUCCAUUAACGUCAUUUAGCUACAGACAAAGUGCUGUUAUCUCAGAAAACUACACUCAAAAUUCACCAAACCAAGAAGUCUUUAGCUUUCACAAUUAUUCCAAGGAAACAUUCAGUACUUCACCUAAUACUAACCAAAACCUUGACAAUAACUAUAAACACUCAACAGAUAAAGAAGGUUUCUGUGAAUCAUCUCAGCUUAGCUUGACAUUGGCUCCAGAAUGUGCAGAUGACUGUGGAGGUGAUGAAUACACAGCUGUUGACAAUCUUUUGACUGAGGAAAACCCUGAUUCUGUACUCCAAGACUUCAAUAUUAUCAAAAUUGAAGAGGAGACCAUUCCUAUAUCCAAAAACCUAUCAGAAACAAACAGAAAUACAAUUUCCUUGGUUAAUUCCUUGGAAGAACAUUCAAAUGCUGCCAUUACCCAACAGCUUAAUACAGAAAGAAACAAAUCUUCAAGUGUAAACAGUGAUUCUUCAAAGCAAACAAAAACAACUCUUAGAAUUCUCCAGCUGCAGGAGGGUCAUCAGCCAGUACUCCUUAAGGCUGCUGAUGCUGCCAUGCCAAUGCAGGUCAAAUCCACUCCAGGUUUCAAACUUAUAACACAUUCUGCCAAUCCUCAGAUCAAUGUUUCUUACAUGAAACCAGGAUUAGAAAGAUCAACUAAUACCAGUGGUCUAAUUCUUAGUCCAAACAGUAGGAUGACAACUGCACCAGUAGCAAAACCAGGAAUUGCUGAAAAGGGGCCGAUUCUUCUUGCUGCUGUACAACCUGGGUCAAAUCAGUACAUUAUCAACAACCCAGGUUUUACGAAUCCUGUACUCCUCUCAAGCACACCGCAUAAUACACCUACAGACAAAACAACGUGUUACUUGGUACAAAGGUCUGUCCCAUUUUUGCAAACCCCCAGUGCACCUGGCCUCAGACUCGGAAGCACCCAGCUCUCACUGAACUCACGUCCAGUUCUGGCCAUGCCACUGAGUUCUACAGACAAACCCAGCACACUACAGACUGGCCGCCAAGCUUUUUUGCUCAGAUACAUUUCUCCACCCAAAUCCGGUGUGCUUCUGAACAACCAAGAAGCACAGGUUGGAACUCAAUAUAGCCAAACCAGUGACGGCUCUGGAAACAAAGUCAUUUUUAAAAUUGUCACUCCUACCACUAGCCAUCUAACAAGUGGGACUCCCACCUCAAACAAUCAAUCUUUGUUACUGGCCACCAGAUCUCAGACUCAGUGUUUCCUGGUGUCAUCCAACAAAACUCAUGCAACUACCCCCAGUGUGGUGAAAAAAAUGACCACCACACAAAAUGCUCCACGGAAGGAAUCCAAUGGAUCAUGUGUUUCAGCCUCUCAGCAGAUGAAUGUAAAGGUACAGCCAUGUGAAGCAGAGAAACCGAUCUUGGCACCAAGGCCAUUUCGGCCUCCAAGUCAAAGAAAAAGGCGCAGGAGAACAUUAUUUGACGAACUUCCUCCUACAGUGCAUAAGGCUAGAAGAUUCUCAAAAAUUCCCACAGAGAAAGAGACAAACAUCUUAUGGAGGCCCGUAGCCAAAGAAGAGGAAAAGACACUGAGACUUGCACCAUUAAAUUCUACACAGCAGAUAAAAUUCCCUCGUAAAUACCAACCUGUAGUUGUUCUUAAUCAUCCAGAUGCUGACAUUCCUGAAGUAGCUAGUAUUAUGAAAGUUGUUAACAGGUACAAAGGUGCUGUCUCUAAGGUAUCUCUGUCUCAAAGAACAGUCCAAGCACUCUCUGAGCUUGGUGCUCAAGGGAACAAUUUCUGGACCAAAGGUGCACUGCCUAGUGAUGGUCCAAGACCUCGGGCAGUUCAGUGUUCUGUCCAAGAGCGAUUCGUCCUUAAACUGAAACUAAGGAAAAAAAGCAAAAAAAAGUAUGAAGUAGUAGAAACGUUAUCAGGUUGUAGACGUGAGCCGGUGAUGUUUGACUGCUGGUUUUGUGGUCGGCUCUUUGAUAGCCAAGAAGAUUGGAUUGGCCAUGGCCAGAGACAUCUCAUGGAGGCAACUAGAGACUGGAAUAAACUAUUCUGAAAGUUGUUCACCUCUCAUGGAAAUCUUGACCACCUUUUGUGGAAAUCAUUCUUUGAUAUUUUGUCCUUCUGUGUUGGAAGAGUUAAAUUGUUUAUUUUUAAUCAACUGCCGCUAUCUCUUCAUUCAGUUUCUAUCUGUGUAAAUAUAUGUUCUCAAGUGAAUCUUAGUUUAUCUUCCAAUAGGUGCAUAUUCUAGUAAAUACUUCAAGCAUGAUAGUCUGCACGUCAGGUUUACUCAUGUCAAAUUGAACUGUGAAGACGGUACACUGUAUUAAGAAGUUGUGGUAUGAGCACUGGCUGAAAGAAACCGGAUAAUAUCAACAUAGGAUGUUUGUAUUACUCAGGUAAUUUUGUAGUAACCUGGUUUGUCAUUUUUUGCAUAUUAGUUGAAAAUGUAGUAUAAAAGUAUUUACACCCCUUACAACUUUAAGCAUUUCUGCAUAAAAAAAAAAUUAAAAACAUCUGUGGAUUUUCAUACAAGUCAUGACCGUAGACACAGAGACCCAUGUCAAACAAAUUUGACAAAUAUGUUAUGCUUUUGUGAAAAAAUAAUCAUUUGUGCUGUAUAUGUGAGGUGCAAAGCUGAUUGUACCCGUUCUGAGUAUCUGGUGUGACCAUCCCGCCAGCUGGGAGGGAUUUUACCCCAUUCUUUAGUUUAGAAGUUACCCUGUAUACCUUCGUGACAUACAAGACUAUUCAGCCUCUGGCUUCUGGAGUGAUUUUUGUUAGUCAACCACUCCUGUUAAAGGAAACAUUUAGUGAGAAGACUAUGACAAAUCCCAGAUUUCUUUAAACAAAACGUGGCACCAAAUGACACCAUAGUCUCACUGUAUUGACUGGACAUAAACUUGUAAUCUUUGAGGUGCACUUAGUUUUGUACUUCACAUACAUUUAAUAUAUAUUUACUUUCAGGAAAAUCCACUGAUGUUUUACGUAGAUAUUAUGCAGAAUCUAUAAAAUACUGAGGGCUGCAACUUUGAAUAACGAAUUAUAAUGCUUGUAGAUUAAGUUGUUUUAUGCUUGUGAUUUAAAAUAAAUUUUUAUUUUGUUUUGAAAAUAUGUUUCAAUUGGUGUUAUAAUUUAAGCUGUUGCCAUCAUAGUGUACAGUUUUAAUGUAGCCUGCAGCAUGCAAUUCACAUUAAGAGCUUUGAUUUACCACAGUAAUUCUUUAAUCUCCCAAGUUUUAUAGCAAAUAGUUACAUUGUUUUUUGAAAUACCUUUUCAGAAAAGUUUUCCUUUUAUCUUUUUACCAUGGGUGACUCAUGGCAUACUAACAGUACAGAGAGGUCAAAAUGAUUUUUGUUGUUGGCAGCUCUGGCCAUUUGCUUGUGUUCAUGUUGUAAAAAGUAAACCCAUUUUUGAUUUCUGAAUUCACAAAUGGUAUAUUUUGUGUUCAUACUGUAAAUGUAGGUAUGGUAUGUUUAUGAAAAACCUGUCUUAGAAACAUCAUAAAACAACAUAAAAAAUAUCAGUUACUUGACACGACAGUAAAAAUCUGAUGUCCACUUCAAAACCUGGUUGCUUUCUUUUUAAAAAUUGUGAUUUGUAUGCUAAUCAUCAUGACCAAUUAUACCCUGUGUGAAAACAAGUGGUAUACAGUUAGGUAUUUGCUUGGGCCCUGACAUAUUUUACUUUGUUUUUAAACCAAACCAGUUUUGACUUGUCAAGUGUUUGUUGGUCUUUCUGCAAUUAUUUCUGUGCUGCACUUCUGCAUCUAAAAUGCAGGCUUGAUCAUGUUGAGUUUAGGGGUCAUGCAGCAUCUGCCCACCACACUUAUAAUAUGCCAUUGACGGUACUGUGUAGCACUGUCUAAUCAACCUUGCUUUCAUUUGGCUUAAUUUAGCAGACAGUAUACUUAUACACUUAAUAAUUCAUGUGGCUGCUUCUGUCUGAAGUAAGUUUGUCAGUAAACACCAGUGAUUCAGUGUACAGUGCAUAACUGGUGUUUACUGGAGCCAUACAUUUUUGUUUCUGAGCUGGGUUCAACUCUUUCCCAUACUUUUCUUUGUCUGUCUGAUACAAGUUGAUCUCGGUUUCAUUUCUCCUAACUAUACUGUUCUGCACCCAGUCUGUUCUUUUCUUACUUAUGUGUUCAUGGCGACAACAAAUGUGGCCUUUUUAUCCGUGAGGUAUAUGAAUGGUUUUCUUCUUGAGAUCCUCCAUCAGUUGUGGAUGCCUUUGCCUUAUUUUGUCUCUGAGAAUCUUUUAAACUGUAAUGAAUUUGUUUUAUUUCUGCAGGCCAAAAACUUUUUUGCCCCUCACAAUUUUCUACAUUUCUGCAUAAAAACAGCUCGAAACAUCUGAUAUUCCAAGAAAACCCAAUCAAAAAAAUGAAACAAACAGUAUACUGUUUAUUUAGUUAUUCAAGAAAUGAAUAAUGUGUACAUAUCUGUGAGAUGUAUAAGUACAUCAUGUUUGGCAUGUCAGUAUUUGGCAUGACCACAGUCUAGUUCAGAACUGUUUCAGUUCUGAAAUUUUGGUGAGUCUCCUUGAGCUGCUUGUAACGACAUUUCUUUUGGAUGGAGGUCAGGCCUUUUCACUUGGCCAUUUCAAAACAUUACUUUUGUACUCAUGUAGAAUUAUUUGUCUGUUAGUGUUAUUGUACUGAUGCAGUUUCUCUAAAGAUUGAGCUCACAAACCGAUCUCCUGACAUUUCUUUAGGAGUUGCUGUUAUAAAUCAGAAUUCAUUAGCCCAUCAAUGAUGAUGCACCCCAACAAUCCCAAACCCUGUGUUUCACAAAGAGGAUUAGGUUCUGAUGUUUUUUGUCUCCAAACGUGACACUCAUUUAAUCCAUAUAAUUCAGUUUUGGUUUCAUAUGUCCACGAAACAUUUUCCCAAUCGUCUUCUGACUUCUGGCUCAACCUGCAGAAGAAAUGGCUGUUCAGUGUUCUCCUGAUGUGGUGAAUUCAUGAACAUUAACAUUAGCCAUUGUGAGAGGCCUUUAGUUAGUCAAGUCAAGUCAACUUUAUUGUCAAUUCUGACAUGUGCAACACAAUACAGGAUGAAAUUACCAUCCUCAAAGGCCUACGAUGCAGCAGCUAAACAAAAACAUCUAAUCAAGAAAUGUGCAAAUGUUGAGAAUAAAAAAAAUAUAAAAUAUAUCCUGUAAAUACAAAGUAGACAAAAGAGAACAUGACAUAGCGCAUGACAACAGUAUACAUAAAGUGACUGAUGCUACCCUGAGUUGAAUAGUGCAGAAAGUAUGGGUGGAGUGAAUGAAUAUAUGUAUGUACUGUAUAAAUACAGGCAUAAAUCUCCAGUGAGUUGUGACCAGUGUCGGGGGUGUGUGAAGAGUCCUUGGUUAGUGUGAGUUGGUGAGCGGCAGAGGGAAGGGGGGUAGAGCAGGUAGUGAGUUAAGUUUCCUGACAGCCUGGUGGAUGAAGCUGUCCCUCAGUCUGCUGGUCCUGGCCUGCAGACUCUGCAGUCUCCUCCCUGAUGGCAGCAGACUCAGGAAGCUGUGUGACAGGUGGGUGACAGGACAUUUACAACACCUGGCUCACGCGCAAUUGCGCUUGAGCGAGGUGUUGUAAAUGUCCUGGAGGGAUGGAAGAGAGGCACCGAUUAUCUUUCCAGCUGCUCUCAAUGUGAGGGUCUUUCGGCAGGAUGCCGUGCAGGCUAGUUAGUUAGAAGUUAAUUUGUAAUUUGUUCUCCUCAGAGGUCUCACAGUAAUGUGUAUCUUGUUUGUGUCUGGUUUGGUGUGAUCAUGGUUGGUUGACCGGGAGACUGGGAGCUGGUUCCACAGGAGAAGGGUCAGAUAGCUGAAGGCUCUACCUCCCAUUGUACUUUUUGAAUUUCUAGGAACCACAAGUCGACCUGAACUUUGAGAUCAAAGUGAUCUAUUGAAAUGAUAUUGUACAAUGGGGUCUUUCAGACAUGUUGGAGCUAAACCUCCAUUAUAUCAAUGCAGUGGAUGUCAUCAUCAGAGAUAGCUUGGCCUUCUUGGACUGUCUGGUGCACAUGGAAGAAGACCAAAGUGUCAACUUUGGAGUAUAUAGGAAACCCUCUCACACUGAUCAGCGUUUGAGUUCUGUCACCUCCUGGGACACAAACUAUGGGUAAUUGGGACCCUUCAGCACCAAGCACAGAAUGUACCCACAAGAUUGGAUGGUAAGGAGAAGGAAGAAAAACGCAUCAAACACUUAAGACGUGGAUAUCCCAACUGGACUGAAAAAGAGAUUUUUUUAGGAAAUAUCGCAUUCCAGUUAAUAUCUAAUCAAUAUUAAUUAUUAGUAAAUAAUCAAUCUCAUCAUAUCUGAGGCGCCAGCUCUAAGUAAAGGAAUCAUCUAUUUCCAGCUCACAAGCACCUUUCUCACAACAACUUAAGCGAAAUAUGUGGUUUGUUUAAAAAAAUGGUGAAUUGUGAAUAAUAAACAAUAUGAUGAAUAAUAUAACACUUGGAGUAAUGGAAAAUGAUACAGAGAUAAAUGAGUUUAACGAAAGUUAGAAGUGAGACACAAUGGAAUCUAAUUUCUUAUAAAUUAAAGAUUUAGAUUUGUUUGAGGUUUGUUUAGUUUUAUCACACACACAUCAACUCAACAGAAAUGUGACAGUCAUCCAGGUCUUGAAUUCGGCAUCAGUUACAGCAGAGUUUUCCGCAGUGUUAUGUAGACAAAGUAUGAAGUUGCUGUGUGGCAGAGUCGCAUACGUGUGGUAAAAAGUGGUUGUCAAUAAGGAAAUUGGAAAAUACUUUCAAUGGCCAGUCGAAAAUAUCUACAGAAAUAUUAAUGCAUGACAGUUAAAGACAGUUAAAAUAAAAUUGAGCUUGAAAAAGUUGUACAUUAAAUGUGAUGAGAAAAAUGAAAGAAUAAAACUUAAAUAUGCCAAAAACUUGGAGGUUAAAGUAAAAAGUAUCACAAAGACAAACUGAAAAAAAUAAUGAAGGCAGAGACACAACUGAGACUAGAAAAAAACUGAGCCAAGACUGGCCAGGCGCUAGUUUAUCACCCCGUCUCUCCAGGGUGUCUCUCUUUAUUCCGAAACUGGUCUUUGCGUCUUACGAUGAUUUACAUAUCAGUGCUUUCAUUUCAAGAGCAUUAUAUAAUGGUUGUACUUCUCACAAUAUUAAACUCAGAAUUAAGAUGAGAAACAUUGUGUCAGUAUGAAAACACAUCAGAAACAUUCAUUCACUCCUAGGAUUUUCCUCAAUAUCCUAAUUCAAAUAAUUAAAUAAUAAUAGUAAGCAACGCUAACUAAUAUCAAGAAGAAGGAAAGGUAGAUUAUAUUCGGGUUAUGCUAACCACUCUUGCUUUGUAGAAUAUAGACAUAUUAAAAUACUGAAAAUGCAGAAACAGUAUUACUUGUUAGAAUUACAUUCCAAAGAUAUUUCUUCAACUAGCCUAUGGAUGGCAGUAUGGUUCCAUAGUAGAAUCUUAUGAUUAAAAUACUCAAAGGCUAACUUCUUCAUUACAUGGCCUAGGAAGACGAGCAUGAGAUUAGCAUGAGUAGAUUAAACAUUGUAAUUUUGGUUAUAAGUGUACAUUCAAUAGUUUCUAGUUCUUAUUUACGACCAUUAUUUCCAGGUGGUAUGAUGAUGCCUGUUGCCUGUAAAUGGUUUUGCUCUUACAUAGCGCUUUUCUACCUAUUCAAAGGUACUCAUAGCGCUUUUACAGUCAGAGACACAUCCACCCAUCCACUCGGGGGAUCAAACCGCUAACCCUUCAGUUCAUGGACAACCUGCUCUAGCUACUGAGCCAUAGCCUCCCGUCUGGGCCUUGUCUGUGGUAGCCUGGAUGUGGAUUACAUGUAAAUGCGAGAAAAGUUUUAAAUCCUUCGUUUGUUACAUUUUCGUAGUUUUGAUCUGAGUCUAAAUUGAAAUAAAAAAUGAAAUGAAAACCCAGGCAUUUUUAAUUUUUUUUAUUAGAUUAAUAAACUACCGUCACUUUUUCAUUUUUAGAUUUUUGAUUGAUUUUUGAUUUUAAUUGAAAAUAGAAAGAACGAAUGAUACACACAGAUUUUUCAGGUGUAAAGAAGUUUUGUUGCAAAAAGCACAGUCAAAACUGAAUCAGUAAAAAUAUACAAACAUUAUUUGUAGUUCAUUAUUUUUGGUUUCAAAAAACUGCAACAAUGUGCAAAAAAUUAUUUACAGUGCAAGAACAACAAAGUGCAACAACAAUUAAACCACUUAGAUAUAUACAAAUAACAAAUUCAACUGUAAAUUAAAUUAAAUAAACAAUAAAAUGUUUUAAAAAAUGAUUUAAUAAAUGUUUUAUGUAUGUAAUUAUGAGCAAAAGCUGUAACAACAAAAAAUAAUCAAAAUCUCUCCCUCCCUCAUUGCGAAACAUCUUCCGAUUUCCCUUAUUCAAGGCAUCGGUGUGAAGAAAGAAUGGUAGUGGAUUUCCACCACUUUUCAAUUGUUUGAUCACCUCCUCUUUUGCCUUUGGAGACAGGACAUCUGUGACAAUUGCAUCAGCUUUUGUCCUCCCACAGAGUAUCUUCUUAGCAAAGCUGGAGUCAUUCAGUGUUCUGAGACUCAGUUUCAGAGCACAGUCAGCUGAGUUAUAGCUUAAACCAUGCUUUACAGUGUGGUCUGCAGCAGUUACUUGUCAAUUAGAAAAAAGACAUUUUACUGUGUGUGUGUGUAUAUACAUAUAUAUAUAUAUAUAUAUACAGAUGUGUGCGUGUAUACAAUUCAACUGUAUAUUAAUUGAGUGUGCUUGAAAGAGCACACUAUAUAUUAUUCCCCAUACUUCAUUUUAUUAUUAUUAUUAUUAUGCCAUUUUUUGGCACACUAAAAAAAAAAAAAAUAAAAAAAAAAACACAUAGGUACAAGUUUCUUCGAUCACUCUAAAAGUCCAAUUUCCUAAAUGUAGCCACAUGAAAAAUGUAUAUGUAGACGUUCAGGAAGAGCUCAGGAUGCUGGUUCAAUGAUACUAUGGUUUGCCCAAAAAGUCCUCUUGUUCAAAGGGUUCUUUCACCGUUUUUUUCCCUUCUCAGCUGUGUCAAAUGUCACAGGAGCUGCUGCAGUUGCUUGCUCUGCUCUCUCCCCCUGGCCCUUACAGACACAUGCUGACAGCUAUUUAAUGUAUGGGGGCAACAGGGCCAGAGUCAGGCACACUCAAAAUGUCUUUAGAAAUUUUCUAGUUGUAUGUAUUAUCUAUCUAUUUAAUGUACUCGUCUAUCAAUUGUAGUUGAAAAAAAUAAUAUUAUAAUAUCUUUGUCCAUGCAGUGCUGACAUCCAUUGCCCUUGCUAGUUUCCCAUAUAAUUUUUUUUUUUUUUUUAAAUUAUUCUUUACAUACCAUAUCUGCCUCUGGCGUUGCAUGGACAACAAAUUGGUCUAGGGUUCCCCUAGUUUUAUUGUCCCUUAUGCUUCGCAUGUGCCCACCACUUGACGCAUGUUGCUUUAGGUCAGUCAGUGCCCCUGUUAUUCAUUUUCCAUGAGCAUUUUACUGACUAUUUUUUGACUCUCACAGUAACAAAGUGCGUUCAUUUUCAGCUCAAUACGGGAAGGAUACUUUUGUUUCUACAGUAAAUACGGAAUGACCCUACAGGAGGCCCACAUUACUGGUGCAGUGGAGCUUUGACAUUUAAAGAAUGGCUAGUCUUAUAUCAGCAACAGCACUUUGCUCACAUAAAAUUGUAUUUUGUACAAUAAUAUAGCUGUGAUCAUGCUUUUAAUGUUUAGCUCAGCCUUUUUAAUUUUUAGUUUUAGUUUAGUUUUUAGUGUACUAUUUUAUAUUGUCUUGUUGAUUUCAUGUUCUUUUUAUUUAAAGUGUCUUUGAUUAUUUAGAAAAGUGCUUUUUUAAAUAAAAUGUAUUAUUAUUAUUAUUAUUAUUAUUAUUAUUAUUUUCAUAUAAAAAUCACCACUCAUACAUGCAAAAAUAAAAAGGGUUGUUUGUUUUGGUAGUUUUUUGUCUUUUUGUGCUGUUAUUAUUUAUUAAUUUUUUUUCUGGACUUUUUGUGUUUAACUGUGGAGUUUGGCAGAGCGGCUAUUUCUGGUGGUGUAUUCCAGAGAUCAGCUGCUAGUGCAGUCCGUGUCCCCUGAGCUGCCCGGAGUGAGGCCUGAGAUUCCCGCUGAACUUCAAGAGAAGUGCUGGGGAUGCCAGGCUGGAGUUGAGGUGGUAGAGCGGAGAAGGAGGUUUGGAUUGGCAGUGCUGCCUCUACUGGGGAACGUGAGGUCUUUGGCAGCAGAAUGGAUGGACUAUGUGCGCUUGAUGGGACCCAGAGGGAGUGUGACAUGAGAAGUGCUUUGGAGACGUGGGUUCAAAGGACCACAGUACAUCCAUGCCCGGCUUCGGCACUCUACGGACGGGCAUGCUCAAUUAGAGUUUGCAUCCCUCCCUCGGUGUCAAGGACAAGGAAAUUCCACACAAUCCAUGCCAUUGUUGCUAUGCAACAGGCCAAACAACUGCAUCACCUUGGACACUGUUUUGCCAACUACUUUUGUAUAUUUGUUCAUAAUGCUAAUUCUGUAAAAAAAAAAAAAAAAAAUAUAUAUAUAUAUAUAUAUGUAUAUAAUAACAAAAAAAUUACACUGUUUUAUUUUACUGUAUAAUACUUAUUUUUAUUUUAUAUUAAUCUAAUUUUAUUUUAUCUUUCUUGUGGUGUUUACUUUUAUAUGCAAAGAAGCUACUGUUACAAAGUAAUUCACUUCAUGGAUCAUUAAAGUCUAAGUUAAUUGCUCGUUAAUUGGCGGUACAGUAGUUUUCUUAGAGGGUAUAAGGAAAGAGUCUAUUUUUACCCAUUUAACCCGUCAGUGAUACAGUGAUGAAAAGUUUUGUAUUAUUAGCAUCAAAGCCAUUUUGAGAAGGUGAUCUCAUGAAAACACAAAUGCGGUCUGCUGCAGAAAUGAUGGUAAUUGUCUAAACCAGGGUUAAUAUGUAUAAAAUGUAUAUAUAAAAGUGCAUAAAAGUUGUGGCUCGAACAAUAGGAUUUCUUUUUCUUCAGUGUAUGAAUAUCAUAAAUUUACAAUGCUUAAUAGCUUUCUUCCUUAAAGCUUCCACUUUGUAUGGUGCAGUAAGUCAGUUUAGGUGAUCAGGUUUACAUAGAUGUGGAAAUGUGUACAAAAUUAAAAAUAAUGUCUAUACCUUGACAAGUUUGUUUUAUAAAGUGACACUAUUUUUCAGUUUUAGAUAUCUGUGACUAAAUGUUUUUGUGCUUUUGGUAAUCCACUGUAAUCUGUAAAUUGUAAUGCACAUUGUGUAAGUGAUAAACUGAAGCAUAAUCUUCUUGAAAAGGGUCUUUUUUUAUAAAAUGUUUUUUUUUAAAAGCUUUCAUUAAAUGUAAACAUUUUCAUGUACUUA